AUGGAUUACAGGGCUCCCAGCAGGCUCCCCGUGGAUCUGCCCUAUUACCAUGGCCCUCUGUCUAAGAAAGACUGUGAGACCCUCCUGCUGGAGGACGGGAUAGAUGGCAACUUCCUGAUAAGGGACAGCGAGUCUAUGCCGGGAGUCUUGUGCCUCUGUGUCUCGUUUAAAAAUUUUGUCUACACAUAUCGAAUCUUCAAAGACAGACGUGGGUUUUACAAUAUACAGACUGUGGAAGGUGCUCCCCAAAUGCUCUUUUCAAACCUAAAGGAAUUGAUCUCCACCUUUGAGAAACCAAAUCAAGGGCUGGUGGUUCAACUUGGACAUCCGGUAAAGCAAGCCAGCUCCCGCCCGCGAUGGAGAAGAUCACAGAUACAGUUGGAUAGUACUUACGAGAACAGUAACAGCGACUAUGUGGAGGUCUUGCCUUGAAGACAAGGAGACUGAGCAAAGCAAUCAGAGAAGAGAUGAGGUGACAGCUCUCAUCGGCAACCCUACUUCUCCUGCAGGUGUAGAUCUGGAAGACUGAACUCUAGGGGACAAUUCAGACUCUCCUGGUCUGGGUGACUGAGGACAGUCUGUCUACCAGCCUCAGAGAAAUCGGUCCCCACAUCCCUGCCUCAUAUGCAUACACCAUGAGCAGCUUUGAAAGUCCUUCCCUCCUCUCAUGCUUCUUGCUUGGAAUAGGACAGCCUGAACCUAUUCUCCUUAACUUAUUAGAGAUGACAUAACAUCAUGGUUGACACCUUCCUGCAGACCAGGCACAGCUUCAUACAAAAGAGAGUACACUUGGCCAUGAGUUAGGAGCCUGAGUUCCAGUCCUAUGGCUAUGUGACUUUGGAGAAACCUCCAGCCCUGUCUGGGGUCUCCACUUCUUCAUGUGGAAAACAAACACAUGUUCCUGCCUCUCUGCAGAGCCUGGAUGUGUUGGGUGGAGUGGAGGAGUCCUGGGGUCAUGGAGAUGGACACGGGAAGGUUUAAGAGCUCUGAGUCCCAGCCUCCCAAACAGCCAACAUGGUCUCUGCUCCUGCCUGUCCCAGUCUCGGUCAUUGCGGGGGCCCUGACCUCCCACCUGCCCUUCUCCCCUGCCAUUCUAGCUCUUCUCCUUCUCCUAAUCUUGAUUUUCCUGCCAGACAUGUGCAUGGGGACACUUUCUCCCUGGUUUUGUCCAGUUUCUUUUGUGCACCAACCACUGGAGCAGCGUGAAUGUAGUUCAGUACCGCAGUGAUAUCUGUGGGGAUUUAAAAGAUAUUCUUCUUUGUGUGGGUCCAGUUCCCAACUAGUUUUAAGUGACAACAAAGCCCAGUGGGGCCUCCCUUGU